AUGAGAUGGCGGAUCGUAGUAAAGAAGUUGUUUGGUGGCCUUUUACACAACAUCAUAAGGUUGAUAAAGUUAACGUCAUUGACUCUGCUUACAAUGAUUUUAUGGUUAUUUAUGAUCAGAAUCAAUGUGAUCAAAAUUAUCAAGCGAAAAAAAAUAACGGUGUUAUGAAAGAAAUGUUUGAUGGCUCAUCGAGCUGGUGGACACAAGGUCUAGGGCAUGGUUCAUCGAAAUUAUCAUUAUCAGCUUCAUAUGCAGCUGGAAGAUACGGUCAUGUUCUUUUUCCUGAAUGCAUUCAUGAACCAUCUCUCUCACUUUCUCAAACUUUAUUGAAAACAGUAGGAAAUAAUUGGGCUAGUCGUGUAUUUUUUUCAGAUAAUGGUAGUACAGCUGUGGAAGUUGCAUUAAAAAUGGCUUUACAAUCUACUU